GCAACAGCAGCACAGCAGCCAUCAGCUCCCAAACUCCAGUUCAUCUCUCCCCCAGCCGCCGCUCGAUCAUUUCCUCCAACCAGAGAGCAGAGAAAGAGAGAGAGAGAAACACACACACCAGCCCUUCAUCACAGCUCAUUCCCAACCAGGAAAGCGAAGGAAAGACGCCACAGCAGAUCCAGCAAAUCCUCCCCUGCUUGUUUUUUUCUUCCAUGGCGAAAGCGCGUUAAAGAGUGCGGCGCACAUCAGCCUGCUUUAUCGGCAUCGCAGCGGCGCGGAGCUGCCUGUAGCUGCCGGAGGAGCUUCAGCUAACAAAGAAAAACACGAAAAUAAACGUCUGCUGAGCAAACCGCUUCCCUGUUCCUUCACGACCACAAGGCAAGAGCCCGAAGACCAAAACUGACAUGAUGUUUCCACAAUCCAGGCACUCGGCUUCAUCACAGCAGCUGAAGUUCACAACGUCAGACUCGUGCGACCGCAUCAAGGACGAGUUCCAGUUUCUUCAAGCACAAUACCACAGUCUGAAGCUGGAAUGUGACAAGCUGGCGAGUGAGAAGUCAGAAAUGCAGCGUCAUUAUAUCAUGUAUUACGAGAUGUCCUAUGGGCUGAACAUCGAAAUGCACAAGCAGGCAGAGAUCGUGAAGAGAUUAAAUGGGAUCUGUGCUCAAGUCUUACCUUACCUGUCUCAAGAGCACCAGCAGCAGGUUCUGGGGGCGAUAGAAAGAGCCAAACAGGUCACUCCACCAGAGAUGAACUCCAUCAUACGGCAGCUCCAGGCUCACCAGCUCUCCCAGCUGCAGGGGCUGGCGCUGCCCAUGACCCCUCUUCCCCUCGGCCUCAGCCAGCCGGCCGGCCUGCCCGCCGUCACCUCCAGCUCCGGCCUCUUCUCCCUCUCCAGCAUCCUGGCAUCCCAAGCCCAGCUGGCCAAAGAGGACAAGAGCACACGUGAGACGUCCGACAGCCACCGCGAGGAGGACGGAGACAAAUCCGACUAGUCGACGGCCAAACCCAAUCAUCAUCAUCAUCAUCAUCCAGAGCUCAGCGUAGAGCAGAAGCACUUGUUCCCCCCUUUUCUUUUCCUUCAUUUUCCUUCUAUCUUUCUAUCUCCCCUCUGAAUUGCUAAACUCAUUCGUUCUGGUUCAUUCCACCAGCUUUCUCUCUAUGUAUUUAUACUGAUCCUCCUUUUUAUUGUGUUAUGGAUGCUUGAUUUGAUUUCAUUUACACUUCUUUCUUGCCUGCUUGUAUGUAUAUAUCUAUAUAUAUUGUAUAUUUCUUAUGCUCGUUGUGGAAAAACGGUGUGACCGUUAAUGGACCAUCGACCCUUCGGUAAUAAUUCCUCUUUUGUUUUUUUCUCCUUUUUUUUUCCCUUCUCCCCCGCUCACUCUUUCUUCCUCUUAAAAUCUUUCACCUUUUAAAGCUACAAUCUACAAUAACUGAGUCAAAAGCACUUUGGCCCCAGGCUGUAACUCGGAGACUAAAAGCAACGUUGAAUCUAAAAACUUAGCCGCGGCAUAAUCCAUUUAGAGUUUAAAGGAUCUGUGUUAUUGUAAGGAAGCACGGCUGUUGCAUCUAUUCUACCUUAAAGGGACAGUUCGACUUAAAAAUGAGGGCUUGUGUGUUGUUCCAAACCUGUUUGACAUUUCUUUUUUAAAUUUAAUACAAUAGGCGAUGUUUUAAAGAAUGUUCAAGCUGCCUCAUUUUACAAUGAAUAGGAACUAACCUUAUUACGCUUUAAAAGGGACAAUGAAAUGAUUAUUAAAAACAAUAAACUAGUCUAUAUGAUUGGUGUAGUUUUAAUAAAACUUUAGGCUGAGAAAUAUUAGACAUGUUGAAAAGAGCAGUUUGGACAAUUCUAAAACAAAAAAUAAAAUGUGCUAAAAAAGUAAUAUUGGUUCAGAUCAACAUGAGGAAUGGUGGGUUUUUAUGUUGUUUCAAACAUGUUUGACUUUUUUUGUUUAAAAAAACAAACAAACCCAAAAGAAGAUGUUUUAAGAAUGUUCAUGCUGCUCUUUUUCCAUACAUUGAAGUGAAUGGGGACCAAAGUUGUUCAGUGAGAUCUAAAAGCAUCACAUAUUUAGUCUACAGCAGGGGUGUCAAACUCAAUUCCUAGAGGGUUGCAGCCCUGCAAAGUUUAGUUCCAACCCAGCUCCAACACACUAACCUGUAGGUUUUAAACAAGCCUGAAGGACUCAAGUAGUUUGAUCAGGUGUGUUUAACUAGGGUUGGAACUAAACUGUGCAGGGCAGCGGCCCUCCAGGAAUUGAGUUUGACAUCCCUAUUCUACAGUUUAUGAUUGUAUACCAGGUUUUUAAUUGGAUGGUUAACC